UUUUAAAAAUUUGUGAGAACCGUAAAGAGCCCUUCUACUUGGAUCGAUUUACCGCUAAGAAUCCUAAAAGUAUUUCAGAGUUUCAUUUGAGAUUUGGAGCAACUAAUAGCCGUGGAGGUCUGGCGGUUGUUUAGGUUCUCUGUGUUUUUUUAGGUUCUUGCGGUGUCUGGUUAGAAUCGUCAACAGGCAAUGAAAAUUGGCGCGAAUAUCCAUUCUUUUGUUUCACCCGACGUUGGUGUAAUGCUAACUUAUUCGUCGUUGUAUAUAAGAAAUUGACAGAGAUUAAAGAUAUGUGUCCGUUUGAAACGGCAAAUCUGACCUAUAGUAGCUUUCCCGGGCAACUUCUUUAGUUCCUGUGCACUGGCACUUUCUUAGCGGCAUUUUUAGCCACUGGCAGACUGCGUGCGUCCAUAUUCCAUCACUGUCACACAGCCAUUAAGUAGAUUAUCGGGGAUUUGCGUGACGUUAGAUCUAGCGUACUUUCCAUUUUAUGUAGGUACAUUCUAAUUAGAGACUUAAUACGGUAAUUAUUUGUGCGGCGCCGACGAAGAUCCAUUGUCGAGCACGUAGAACGUAUAUGUUCACGUAAAAGUGGCCAAAAAGAAAGAAACUUCUCUUUUGGAUGAGUUGAAUGUGGCAGCCGACAAUGGAGCGUUCCACGAGCAUACAGAGCUACUACGCCGACAAGACGAUUUUGAUCACCGGAGCGACGGGCUUCGUCGGCAGCUACCUCGUCGAGAAACUGCUACGUUCGUGCCCCGACGUUAGACGAAUUUAUCUGCUGAUCCGCUCGAAGCGUCGCAAAGAUAGCGAAAGUCGUCUCGAGGAGUUCCUGAGCGAUGCGAUCCACAACGGCUUGAAGCAGAGCAAUCCGAGCGUUUUGAAGAAGCUGGCGGUCAUCACCGGCGAUCUCGAGCUUCCGAGGCUGGGGUUGAGCGAGGUGGACGAGGAGAAGAUCGUCAAAGAGGUUAAUUGUAUUUUUCAUGUCGGGGCGACCGUCAAGUUUACCGAGGAGCUCAGGCGUGCCAUUUUGAUCAACAUCGGUGGGACAGAUAGUCUCAUAGAGAUCGCGAAGAAGAUUGAAGAUCUUAAGUCUUUCGUGCACGUCUCCACAGCGUAUUCGCAAUGCAUACGCGACAUAGCAGACGAAGCCUUCUACGUACCCGAGGAGAAUUACACCGACCUGAUAACCAUGGCGAACACGAUCAGCAACGAGAAAUUGAACGAAAUGACUCCAACUAUUCUAGGCAAAUGGCCCAAUACGUACAGUUUUACGAAGAACAUCGCCGAAGAUCUGGUGAGGAAGAAGGGUACGGGUUUGCCGAUGGUAAUCGUGCGUCCGUCCAUAGUGAUCGCGCCGUAUCGCGAACCGACAACGGGCUGGGCGUCAUCCUACGAUCUCACGUCGCUUCUCGUCGCGACGAUCAACGUCGGCGUCGUGCACACGAUGUGCUGCGAUCCGAAGCACGUGGUCGAUCUGGUCCCCGUCGAUUUCUGCGUGAACCAAGCGAUCGCGGCCGGUUGGGCGGUGGGAAGGGAGUGGUCGAGAAUGUCGAAGAUUCCGAUUUAUAACUUCGUCAGCGGUCCACGAAAUCCAAUCACCUGGGGCCUGCAGAAGGACGUACUGGAGCGAAGCGAAUCCGCCCUUCCAUCGAAUCGGAAGAUAUUCCACCGCUACGUCCUCUACGGCACUAACAAGAAGAUGCUAGACCUAGUCGAGCUAUUUUACCUUCCCUUGAUGUACAUAGUAAACCUGAAGAGCUUCUUCCUAGGAAAAGUACACAUUACCCUAAAGACGCACAGGAAGAUAAGGGAGUUUUGUAAGGUCGUCGAGUUCGCCUCUUGCAAGGAGUGGUACUUCAAAGAUGACAACACGCAGAACCUCUGGAAUUUACUGGAGGAAGAGGACCGGGACGUCUUCUGCUUCGAUAUCAACUCGAUUGACUGGCAGACGUUCUCAGAUAGGAUUACGAAAGGGGUGCGACUGUAUAUUCUAAAGGACGACCUGUCAACGGUGGGGAGAGCCAGGACGAGAUCUCGCCUUCUGAAGAUCCUUCAGUAUUUCGUCGUCUCUGCUUACGUACUGUUACCUUUGUACAUAGUGCACAGGCUUGGCACAAUUAUACUGUAGCACUCGGAAUUAGUUAGUAGUCAUCUGUACAUUUCCCCAAUAAAUAAACUGCUCAUUUUAUGUAACAGA